GAGAAACGACAUAUUCAAAUGUUUUAUGAGCCAACAAUUGCGUAACGAUCAUGUUUUGUGUAUAUAUAUAAAUCACAUUUUCACAUUUCCAUAGCUACAAACAACGAACAUGGCUAAACGUUUUCUGCUUCUUCUUCCUCUUUUGUCAUCUAUUCUUCUUCUUGCCGUGUCCGUCACAGCUUACUCCACAACAACGCCGUAUCAAGGCUACAAGCCGGAGAAAUUCACCCACCUCCACUUCUACUUCCAUGACGUCAUCUCCGGUGACAAACCUACCGCCGUCAAAGUUGCCGAAGCCCGCCCAACAACCACCCUCAACGUCAAGUUUGGCGUGAUUAUGAUCGCUGAUGAUCCGUUGACCGAAGGACCAGACCCGAGCUCAAAGGAAGUGGGAAGAGCUCAGGGGAUGUACGCAUCAACAGCCAUGAAGGACAUAGUCUUCACAAUGGUCUUUAACUAUGUUUUCACGGCAGGAGAGUUUAAUGGAAGCACCAUCGCGGUGUAUGGACGGAAUGAUAUAUUUUCGAAGGUGAGAGAGUUGCCGAUUAUUGGAGGAACUGGUGCUUUCAGGUUUGCUAGAGGCUAUGCACUGCCCAAGACUUAUAAGAUUGUUGGUCUAGAUGCCGUGGUCGAGUAUAAUGUCUUCAUUUGGCAUUAAUCAUUUGCAUAUUGUCUAAUGUCUUUCCGAAACAAAUUGUUUCACUUUGGUUUUCUUAUAUUGUUUUUGGUUCUUUUAUAUAUAUAUAUAUAUAUAUAUAUAUAACAAUUGUUCUGUUUUUGUUGUGGAUCGUUUAAAGUUCAAAAGGUGUUGUUUGUCUGAAUAUUUUGAGAAUUAAGAUGUCAGAUGUGUGAGAGUCUCGUAGUUACUUGAAAUUUCUGUUCGUACUAAUUAAGGGUGAGUAUGGGGCAAGUAAGAUGUAGAUAUUGGUGAUAGAGUAAAUAUAUGG